AUGGAAGUGUCCCCCUCGGUUUUGGCCCCCCUGGACUUUAGUCUUGCCGUCAAAUCGCCGCGUCCGGACGUCAAAAUGCCGUCAGUUUCUGGCGCUGAUACCAGCAGUGCAUUUCGGGUAGUCACUCCUAAAGGCAAACAAGGUUUGCGCAGCCCAGACCACAGCUCCGGAGAGUUUUCUCCUCCCGCGGCCCCCGACCAUGGGUUCUGCCCCCGGCUGUGGACCGCCCCCAGGCAGGAGUAUCUGCCUCCAGCAUAUCUGCCUAGGUACCCGCCCCCGCCAGGACAUAACUCCGACGCCAUCAAGUUCGGAGUCAACAGACUGAUGGAGAAGUCAGACGACGAGGAAGAAGACGAAGACGUCUCCAACAACAAUAACAACGACCAAGUGAAAAACAUCAACAGGGUGCGAACUGACGUCACUACGAUGACUGACGAAUCAACGCGGAGAGCUGACCCUUGGAGGUCAUCAAGGUCACGAUCGAGGUCAAGGUCGAGGUCAAGAUCAAGAACUAGAUCGACCUCACCAGAGUUGGAAGUCGACAGUCCGCCGAGAACUCCGCCCCUAGAAAUGACGAUGCGGACAGCUUCGCCGAGCUCCAAGUCGAAAAAGGCAGAAGCAUUUAGUGUCAACGCUCUCCUGAGGCCUGACUACCCUCGAAUAAGGAAAGACCCGAAUUUUCAACCGUUUUCUGAAACAAUCUCUGUGACGCGUUCUUUCUUCUAUCCUGGACUUCCGUUUUCCGACUUGUUGCUAAGGGACGGGAAGGAUACGGGGAAUUCUGCCUCCGAAGGAUGGUGA